AACACAAUCCAAAACGAUCUCAGCCUUCACGAUAUACAGAUACGUCUAGAUCUUGCACCAUGGCCGGCGGAGACGACCUGAAGCUGCUCGGCACAUGGGCAAGCCCAUUCGCCAUCAGGGUGAAAUUCGCGCUCGCCCUCAAGGGCCUGACCUACGAGUACGCCGAGGAGGACCUCGCCAGCAAGAGCGACCUCCUGCUUAGCUCCAACCCGGUGCACAAGAAGAUACCCGUGCUCAUCCACAACGGCUUGCCGGUCUGUGAGUCCAACGUCAUUGUGGAGUACGUCGACGAGGUGUUCGCCGGCCCGUCCAUCCUCUCCGCCGACCCGUACGAACGAGCCAUUGCUCGCUUCUGGGCCGCCUAUACGUUUCACUCUGUAUUUCACCUCUUGGCAUCGUGGGCCACCAUGUUGUUCAGGGGGAAGACAGAGGAGGAGAAAUCUGAUGGGAAGAAGGCUUUGUUCGCGGCAUUGGAGACCCUGGAGGGGGCCCUGGUGAAGUGCUCCGACGGGAAGGCGUUCUUCGGCGGGGCAAGCGUCGGGCUCGUGGACCUGGCGCUGGGAAGCCAGCUCUCGUGGCUCAAGGCGGCGGAGGUGAUGGCCGGAGAGAAAUUCAUUGGCGGCGACAACACCCCACUCCUUGCUGCGUGGAUGGCGCGCUUCAGCGAGCUCACCGUUGCGAAGGCGGAGUUGCCGGACGUGGACAAGGUGGUUGAAUUCGCUAAGAUGAGGCAGGCCCGGAUGGCUGCAGCUGCAGCUACGGCGCCGAGCAACUAAUCAAACCAACUGAAAAAGCCUGUUUACUGCAGAAAAAAAUAGUCUCAAUAAUGGUUGUCUGUGCCAGCUGGACUUCACAAUCCGCACAUUUCUACAACUAGAUUUAUUUUUGUAUCUUGGUUGAAUUCCAGAUAAUGCCUCCUAAGUGAUUUCAUUUCUGUUUAAAACUUUCAGACGGUAUGUAUAAUUGUAAGAAAAAUUGGCUAUGUUCUGCCCUCUAUUCCUCCGAUGUAUCAGUAAUGGUGCUAACAAUGCAUACUGAGAUUAGAUGGUCAAAUCUACUUAUGCUCUAAGUUA